UGGGCGGAGUUUCAUACCGGACCAGACGCUCCUUUUGUCGGAUCCGUUUCGUCCUGACUCCCCGGGGUUUUUUUUCAAAGGCGAGAAAAAUAAAUCUUACGAAAAAAUAAAGAAAGAAGAUAAAAAUAAAGACAGUGACGGGCUUCGAAAGGGUUUAGGGUCGCCUUUUGUAGUCCGCGCGUUGAAGAAUCUGAGGAUAAAGCCCAGUUAAAGGAAGACGUGCUUCAGUACUGUCCACCAUGAAUGGAAACUCAAGCCUGUCCAACAGUACUCGGACAUCUUUAAAGACUGAAGACACAGAAGAGUGGAGCAAGGAAGAUUGCUUAAUCCUCCUGGAGCGAAUCCGGAGCCUGCUGCCUGAAGGGGAUGGCAUGAAGUACAAAACUACAGAGUCACACUUUGACUGGGAGAAAGUUCGUUUUGGGGACUUCACCGGGGACAUGUGCAAACAGAAAUGGCAAAAAGUGGCUUGUGAGGUAAGAAAAUACCGAACAAUGACAGAGCUCAUUAUGGAUGCUAUUGAGUUUGUGAAGAAUCCUUAUAAAGGCAAGAAACUGAAGACUCACCCAGACUUUCCAAAGAAGCCCUUAACUCCAUACUUUCGCUUUUUCAUGGAGAAACGAGCCAAGUAUGCCAAAAUCCAUCCAGAGAUGAGUAAUCUGGAUCUCACUAAAAUUCUUUCCAAGAAGUAUAAGGAACUGCCUGAGAAGAAAAAGAUGAAAUACAUUCAGGAGUUUCAGAGAGAAAAAGAGUCCUUUGGAAAGAGCAUGGCCAAAUUCAAAGAGGAGCAUCCUGAGCUGAUGGAAGAGAGAAAAAAGUCAGAUCUACCAGAGAAACCUAAGACUCCUCAACAGCAUUGGUACAAUCAUGAAAAGAAGUCCUAUCUGAAGCUACACCCUGAUGUAAGUCAGAAAGAGCUAAAGGAAGCCCUGCGCCGGCAGUGGUCACAGCUAUCUGAUAAAAAGCGCCUAAAAUGGAUCAGCAAGGCUCUGGAACUGCAAAAAGACUAUGAGGAGAGUAUGCGCGCCUACCAUGAAGCACAUCCUGAGUUGCUCCAAGAUGACCAUGUAAAGUCUGUGCUAACCAAAGCUGAGCGGCAACUGAAAGACAAGUUUGAUGGGCGACCAACAAAACCCCCACCAAAUGGCUACUCCUUGUAUUGUGCUGAGCUAAUGGUGAAUAUGAAGGAUGUCCCCAGCACUGAAAGAAUGGUACUUUGCAGCAAACAGUGGAAAAUGAUGAAUCAGAAGGAAAAGGAUAUGUUUCAGAAACGCUGUGAACAGAAAAAGAAACAGUAUGAAGUUGAUCUUCAGAGAUUUUUAGAGAGUUUGCCAGAAGAAGAACGUGAGCGGGUGCUGACAGAGGAGAAGCUGGGUGGUAGCAAGCUACAAGUGGGAAAUUCUGGAAGUCCUCUGCGGGCAAAGUCUCCUCCAUCUAAGGACAAAAGUCGUGAUGUAGAACGAGUGCUGCAAGAGCAGAGGGUGGAUGGUCUGGUUAAAGAAAAGCGAGAUAAGAAAAGGACACGGCUUCCAGACACACCUAAGACAGCAGAGGAAAUGUGGCAACAGAGUGUUAUUGGGGACUACUUGGCAAAAUAUCGGAAUGAUAGAAAGAAAGCACAGGCAGCAAUGGAGGCGGCCUGGAAAGCCAUGGAGAAAAAAGAGAAAAUUCCUUGGAUAAAGAAGGCAGCUGAAGACCAGAAGCGAUAUGAUAGGGAGCUGCUAGAGAUGAGGUUGCCUUUGAAUGCCCAAGCCCAGAGGAAGCCUAAAUUUGACGGGGAGCCCAAAAAGCCACCUGUGAGUGGCUAUCAAAUGUUCUCGCAAGAGCUGCUUACAAAUGGUGAGCUGAACCACUUCAGCUUGAAGGAGAGAAUGGUUGAAAUUGGCAAGCGCUGGCACAAACUGAGCCAAAACCAGAAGGACAAGUACAAGAAGCUGGUAGAGGAGCAGCAGACAGAGUACAAGGCUGAGCAUGAGGCUUGGAUCAAAUCUCUCUCCCCACAAGAGCGAGCCGCAUACAAAGAGUUCUCUUCUGCGAAACGCAGAGGGACAUCCAAAGCAGGUGGUCCACCAGCCAAAGCCCGUAUAACAGGGAAGACCAAACCUGAAACGUCAGAAUCAGAGGAAGAUGAAGAAAAGUCAGACAGCUCAGAUUCAGAGGAAGAAGAUGAUGACUCUUCAGGUUCUUCAGACAGUGAUGAAGAGGAGGAUGAGAAUGAUGAAGACGAUGAAGAUGACGACGAUGAUGAUGAGGAAAAUGAGGAUGAAGAUGACCAAUCAGAAGCAACAAGCAGUUCCUCUUCAGAUGACAGCUCUGAUUCUGACUCGGACUAAAAGCUGGUGGUCCGGAGGGGCCAGGCCAGGCCGUGCAGGACACACAUGAGCUCGGUGGGCUAAGCGAUCCAAACCAACUGGAGCAGGUGUUGAGUGGCCUGUGGGGCCACAAGUCCUUUUUUGCCCUUUCUUUCUUCAGACUGUGAGAAGAUGCCCUUUUAAACUGUUUAAACCGUCAGUCAUGGGCUCGAACUUAGAACAAAGACUGAUUUCUUGGAUAAUUUCUGUUUUAAGGACAUUGUGUUUAUUUGUGCGUUUAUUAUUAUUUUUUUAUUACCUUCGUAGAUGUGCUUAUAGAAGCAAAGCCGCGGGUAUAUUUGAAAUGUGAAAUACAAACCUUUCAUUGACCAGUGUUAAUCUGGCUUUGAAUCUUUUUUUUUUUUUUGCCAUUUUGGUGCCGUCAGAUUUUUAUUUUCUGAAGAAGACGCAUCCUAGGGUCAAACUUGCUUCAGAAAAGAAGCUGAACUUCAAAAAACAAACAACACCACAAAUGGAUGAGCUGGUCUCAGAUUAAGAGCUGGAGAUACUCUUUUUAAGUUUCGUGACAGAGGCACUUACUUCAUUUGAAGAAGUAGAAGAAGGAAACAAUAAAAUUGGUCCCACCAUGUAACCCCUCAUGUCAAUUCCACAGUUGUGUACCUUUUUGUAGACAACUGGAGGAUGCUGUGAGUUACUUGGAUGUGAACAAUGAGUACCUUUGCUGAUGUUUCAAAGACGUUCUGCUUUUCAUCUGACAUGCGUAUUUUGUUUGAAUUUUUCAUUGUGACCGCCUGAGCCGCCGCCAAGGUACCAUGAUGUCCAGUUUUAGGGGUCACGAUGCCUCCUUCCGUUUUUUUUGACAUAUCAGACAAAUGUUUAAAAGGUCAAUUGUCAUCUUAAAAAAAAGUUAAUUUUCAAGCAGAAAUUUUUCAUUGUCCAUUGUCACCAUCUCAUUAUUAACAGUUUGAGAAGUCAAAAAAUUCAACUGGUCAGUUAGUUAGAGGGUUGCCACUUCCACUUUACUUUAUGGAUAUGGAGAAGUUUUUCCUGAGCGUUAUCACAAUUAGAAUUACAUUGGUAACAAAUCACAUUUUUACCUUGAACCACACAGCAGAGACACUGCCAAGAUGGACCAAAUGUGUGGAGUACAUUAAAAAAUUAAAUAAAUAGCACUGGAAAACGCAGGUGGGCUGAAGUUCGGGUUGCUCUUCUCUUCUUGUGGCAUCACUUUGGGUUGGUAAUGGACAUUUUGUUUCCUACAGUAGUUUGUGGCCUGCGCUCUUAGUUUUGUGGUAGCAGAGUCCCGGAUGUUACAGAUGAUCAGCUUGCAGAUGUUUGUUACACGUCACAUUUCAAGUUUUUUAAAUGAAACACUUUACAAACACUUGUCAUUGAAGGGUGACCCCCAUGUUUCCAGACUUAUUCUGCCUUAAUUAAUACAAACAUACAGUAACUUCAGUUGAUAUCAAGAUUCUGUAUUAUUUUACUAUUUUCAUCUUGCGUGAGAAGCUUUUAAUAUAUUUAAAUGAAAGUGAACAGGACUAUCCCGCUAACACAACAGUAAAGUGAAGGCAAGGCCCUUGUAGCACGUCCACAUGGCUUUAACAGGGCACUGGAGAGGUAACUUCAUAAUAAACAUUAAGCUCGGGGUGAUGGAAAACUACGGAGGAAUCUGCAUAUUGACAGUUGCAAUGAGGCCUACACGGGGCCCGCUGACCUGCUAACGUCUUCUUUAAUUGUGUCGUAAGGCACAGUUACACAAAACUAAGCCGUACAAAACCUAAGUGAGAAUUGUCUGUGUUUCUAUUGAGUGACUUUAUGUGAAUAGUUUGUACCACCAGAAAUUAAAAAUGACGACCGUUA